UAAGUACAUUGGGUUACACCUUAAGAAAAACUAAGAGGUUCAUCAAAGAGAAAAUGAAGGAUUCCUCUGUUUUCCCUGGUUUCGAGUCUUGCAACACCGCGAACAAUGGCAGGAGCAGCAGUGACUAUGAUGCCAAGGCUGAUUUCAAAGAGAUUUUGGAAGAGGCUAAGAAAUAUGCCAAAGAGAAGAAACACAAGCAAGCAAAAGAAGAAAAAAGGGGCAAAAACCAAGCGAGUUCAAGUGGAGUGAAAAAGGGUGGCAAGAAGUCAUGGAAAUCUGCCUUCCUUUCAUUUUGGAAAUCAUCAUCAUCCAAGAAGGCUAAGAAGCAAGCUAAGGAGACUCCUAAGAACCGUGGCAAUGUAUCGGGCCCCAUUCAUGGCGGCGCUGGAGUAACUGCAACUGCCGUUGGUGCUGGAUACUGGCCCCGGCUUGCUUUCUCGGGGCCGCUCACCAACAUGUUUCAUCAGAGGAAGAGGGAGGAUGACAUACCAUAUGUUAACCUAGAGAGGCUUAAUGAGCCUGAAUAUGAUGCCAAAACUUAUGGUCCUGUUUACUCUGCUCCUUAACUAACUUUUGGUAUGUAACAAGUGUAUGGCUUGCUUGGUUGGUUAGGAUUUGUCAUAAGGAAAAUCAAUAGUCAAUGGAAUAUCUCGUCAAUUUUGAUAUUCCGGAGUUAUUAUUGACGUAAGGUUUUGGUUUUUAUUUCGAAUAAAUGGUUGAGAACUUUAAAUUGAUUAUUUUGUAAUGACAGUCGAUUUCUGUAAAAUUAAUAUUAUUGUAGGCUUUUCCAAA